UUCCACAGGAUACGAGGAUGGUGGAGGGUGUGGCGCUCCUGCCUCCCUAUACACGUGUAUUGAACACUCAUUGUUUAUUUACUGUAACGGGUGUUGUGUGUACGUCUAAAUAAAGACAGACGAUGAUUUACCAAUAAUGAAUACUAUUGAAUGAUUCAGUGUGAAGAUCUACUAUGAAAUAUACGUAAAGAAUGUUUUAAAGUGUAGUACUGGGGGAUUGUUGUGGUUUGUUUGUAAAUAUUAAAACUCGACUCGAAGACAAACACCAGAAAAUACGUGACAUGUCCUCCUCGAUCAGUACUCCCACAGUACCAGUGAGAUGAAGUUGUGGUAACGACAGCGGUGUAGUGGUACCUUGGUAUUUAUCCUGAGUACCACACUACUACCACAGCCGUCAUGCUGUUAGAGGCCACCACACAGCAACCACAGCCUUCACCACCGCAGCUGUAUGGCUGUGUGUGCUUCACGUGUAAUGAACUGGAAGCAAUAGAAGCAUGCAAGUGGCUACGGGCAGCUGGCUUCCCUCAGUAUGCCCAAAUGUACGAAGCGACAGAGUUGCAGUUCCCGCUGGAUCUGAUGUGCGUGGAGCGUGACCACACCUUCCUGGAUACUGACUCCCUCGAGGCGCUCUUCAGGAGACUUCGCACCCUCAACCGCUGCGCCAAGAUACGUCUCGACUCCGCCAGGAAGAACAAGGCGGAGGAGUCAGACGAUGAGGAACAACAAUGUGCACUGUCAGGCAACUGGAUGUUCGUCAGGCAUUCCCGCAGGUGGUCUAGAAUCGUCCACGAGCGGUCACCCAACACAGGAAGCGAAGGGAAGGUUAGUGGUGAGUCUCGCGGACUGGAGCUGCCGGAGGACGUGCUGUUGGGUCAGUUCAAGCGGUCAGGAUCAGAGCGUCUCCGAGAUGGCGCUAAGGCCUUGCUCAAGCGUAUGGAGUCAAUCAAGAACAAGAAGAAGAAACGUCAGAACAGGGAUGGUGUCGUCAUCAGUGGACCUAAACUGGUGGACGAGGCACGCAUGGAGGCCCGGGUGGAGGAGCUGGCUUGUGUGGACAUCUCCCCCGAGGCGUCACCAGAGUUGUCGUCCAGGGGCACCACCACCACACAGCCCAGGGGCAUCCCACACUCCACCCAUGCUGAGGAUUCCUCGUCUUUAGCUUCCGAUCACUCUCAGAGUUCCACCCCAAUGUUCCGUGGCCAUCGGAGACGGCGAUUUUGGAGGAGAGGAGGCAGCAAUCAGGGCGGGGGAGAGGGUGGGGGUGGAGCCUACAGUGACUCUGAGUACUCACCCCCCACCUGGAGACACUACCUCACAGAUGCCAACUCCAACAAAAUGACUCCAGCAGGACAGUCACCUCCGUUAUGCUCAGAGAAACGCACCAAUAAGGCGGGUUCGGGGAGACCAUCCAGAUCUGGUCACCUGCGGCACACUGGCUCUCUUACUUAUGGUAAAGAGUCACAAGUUGCCAGAGAAAACUUUCUUGCCAGCAUCAGAGGAGGGGUGGAGAAAAAUGCAGAGAACGUCUCACCUUUACCAAGCCCUGAUGAAGAGAGACAUUCAGUUUAUGAUAAUGUUCCUCUCAUCAUCUGUAAUAAGAGUUACCAUGACUACCAGCCUGAAGUCAUGGAUUCUGCAGCCAGUGCACACGAAGGUUCUGGGAGCAGUGAGUGUACCGUAGAAAGUCGGGAUUCACCUUUGCCCUCUGCACACGAUGAUGAAGAUAAUGAUGAACCUUGCCCAAGAAGAGCUACAGUGGAUAGGUGGCACAGUUUCAACAGAAAGUCUUACCUACCUAGUACUCGACAGCUAGGCACUCAAAUAAAUGGUUUUAGCGCUGGUCAAAUGCUACAUUUACGAAAAAGGGCCCUACUAAGGCUAACAGCACUGAUGGAGCGGUAUUGCCCGAGUAAUCGCAGUGGAUGGAAUUGGGAGCUGCCAAAAUUUAUGAGAAAAAUUAAAACGCCAGAUUAUCGUGAUAGACAAGUCUUUGGCGUUCCUCUCCUGGUGAUCACACAACGAACAGGACAGCCGAUACCUCCCGGUAUACAGGCUGCCCUUCAGUACCUCAGAGCUACCAGUUUAGAUCAAGUUGGUAUAUUCAGAAAACCUGGCGUUAGGUCUCGCAUUCAAAAACUACGAGAAUUUCACGAGUCUGGGGAGGAUAUCCAGUACUCGACGUUUGGUACCUGCGACAUCGCCGACAUGGUUAAGACGUACUUCAGGGAGUUGCCAGAAGUUUUGCUCACCAACAAACUUUCAGAGAUGUUUAUUACCAUAUUCCAGUACUUACCGGCCGAGCAUCGUCUGGAGGCCCUUCAGUGUGCCGUUCUCCUGCUGCCAGAUGAGAAUAGGGAAGUCCUCAUGGCACUUCUCACUUUCCUGGCAGACGUUGCUGCUAACUCUCAUCUUAAUCAGAUGCAUGCAAGCAACCUGGCAGUGUGUUUAGCACCAUCACUGUUCCACCUAAAUGUAGGCAGUUCUGGGUCUAGCCCUCUGCGACGUCGUGCUGCUGGAACACCAGAGCAACGAGAUCUUCACGAGAACAAGGCAGCACACCAGUGUCUUACUCUUAUGAUCCAACAGGUCAGUCAAAUCCAGUGUGUGCCCACGGAGAUGUUGUCCAACUGCCGUUUUACCUACUUGGAGCAAAGCCAGCCAGUGUGCCUUGAGGAUCUAGGUGUUAUGGGCUCUCCAGGAGCAACCACCAUGGAUGGAGACUGGGCUUCAUAUAUGAGUGCCUGCAUUACAUCUCUGCUUAAGGAAGCCAGAGACAAAUCUCGAGGCUGGGUACACAUGAACUGCGCUGAUUCACACGUCGAAAUAUUAUACCGUAAAGUCGGAGAUGGACACCCUUUACGCUUAUGGCGAGCGACCACUGAAGUAGAAGCCCCACCCGCAGAACUGCUAAACCGUGUCAUUAGAGAGAGGCACUUAUGGGACGAUUCUUUACUAAAGUGGAGAGUAGUUUGUCGUUUGGAUCGCCAGGCUGAAGUUUUCCAAUACAUGUGCAAUUCCAUGCCUCCCCGACCCCCAGUAGACUACUGUGUGUUAAGAUGUUGGCAGAGCGGCCUGGCUCGGGGGAGUUGUGUGGUUGUGGAAACCUCUGUGGAGCACUCUGAUGCCCCAGUCUUGGUCGGAGGUGUUCGGGGCAUAGUCUUAGCUUCCCGGUAUCUAAUCCAGCCCUGUGGCUCCGGCAAGUCAAGGAUCACUCACAUAUCACGACUUGAUAUGAGAGGGAGAACACCUGAGUGGUACAACAAAGUGUACGGUCAUGCCACUGCCACACACUUAACACGAAUAAGAGAAAGCUUCCAGCACCAUGCCAUUGGACCAGAAAGCAAAGUUUAGGGGUUCCUCCCUAAAAUUUAUCUCGGUAACCUACUGUAUAAAUAAUCUUCUACCAACUCUUCCCAUCACUGCUGUACCAUUUAGAGUACAGUUCAGAACUUUCCCUAUGAGUGAAGGUGGACCAUGAAAAGUGAUAUUAUACCAGAGCUUCCAUGUGUUCACAGUAAAGUGACUGAAAACUUUUAUAUUUUAUGUUGUAAGCAAGCAACAUAACAGAAAAUAUAUAUAUUGUAUUAUGUGCCCAGCUACAUUAUCCAGGAUCAGUGUGGACCAUGAUGUACAUUCCACGGUGGAGUGUCAAGAGUAUAGAUGUAUGUUUGUAUCCCUACAGGUAUGAGUUAAUGUACAUAGCAGAGAUUAUGUAUUAUACACCAGUUUGGCUUUGUGUACAAACUUUGUACCAAAAUGCUGCUUCAUAUGACAAUCAUAGGAUGAGUCAAAACAGAUUGAAAUCAUUCAUGACAUGAAAUAUUUCAUUACAAGCCAUGAACAGUUUCAACUUAAAAGUAUUAAGAGUUGUUUCAUAGGUUCAAUAUCUAAGUCUUUUAUUUAUUAUUUCCAACAUUAUUAUUUUGGAACUGAAAUAAAUGCCUAUGAAGUUUUUCAAUCUAUGUGGUUUAUGCCUCAUAUAAAGCUGCCUUGACUUUGUGAAGCUUUUGUGAUGAAUGUCAGUAUCAUACAGACUGUGACUGCUCACUGGUUCACAAGUGAGACUGUGAGUGAGCUCAUAAGUUUACUGUGUAUGUCUUACACAUACCUUGAAUAUUUUUAUAUAUUAUUCUAGCAAGAAAAUUUUGAGAGUAGAAAGUGUAUUUUACAUUAGUUAUGAAACUCUUUAAUGAGGCAAUGGUGCUGUUAUUAUUUCUGAGCUUGAUACUCUCAGUAUUUAACCAUUCUAAAAAUAUGCUUAAAUUGUUUGAGUUGCCCCAAAAUUAAUCAUUCCUAGUCUUUUAACAAUAAGGCUUUAUUUUAAAAUUCAAUGUACUUUAAAGGUAUUCUUUUAGAAACAAUGUUAAAUGAUAUAAUUGAUAAGGGUUCAGGAAAAUAUAAAUAAAAGAUAAAAAAAGAAGUUACCAAAUUCUUGUUGUAUGUAUAUGAGAAAAUUCAGUCUCAUUAUAUUCUCGAAGCUUAACAUUUAUGAAUCACAAGGAAUGAAAACUUAUACUGUAUAGAAAUAAUUAUCUACAAAGUUAAGACAUUAAAAGUAAAAAUGGUAGAUACUCGACAAGAUGCUUUUGGCAUGGUCGUCUGAAGCGCACAUUCCUAGUCUUACAGGUUUUAUCAUUUUGUAUAUUGUAAGUAACUUUUCAUAACACAAAACAUACAUUUUAUAUUUACAGUUACCUCUUAAUACAGUAACCUGUUUUUGUGUAUUCCCCACAUCAGUUUUGUAUUUUGUUAUUCUCCGUACAACUGUAAAUGUUAAUGUCUUAAAACAGGCACUUCUUAAAUACAGGCUGUAGGUUUAGGCACAUAAUCUGAACUCCUGUUGUACCUCUUGGUGCUGAAUAUAUAUUAUCAGUAAUUAAUGAUAUGUUUCCUAACCUUUUCAGUGUCUAGAUGUGUGACCUAUUGAAGACUGUUAACUGGAAAAGUGUUAGAUAAAAUAUGUUAAUGUGU